UGACUGAACAAUGAACACGCCCUGAUUGCUCCACCAACACCUUGUAAUAACUCAGAUUCGACAGUAGCGACGCUCGCCACCUAAGUGAAUAUACCCAUCGCCGUAGAACCGCACACACGCGUCACAGCCAUGUCGGCAGGCACGUCGUCAAUCCAGGACCGCACUCCCGAGUUCCGCUCCAUCCUCGCUCAGGCCCAAAAACGCCUCGCCCAUACGAAGACUCCCAAGGACCGUCAACAUCUGCUCCCCAAUGCCGGCCAACAAUCCGCCCAGCCCACGCGCAAACAGCGCAGCGAGUUCGCGCGCAAAGCCGCCGAAAUAGGCAGGGGCAUUGCAGCCACCGUCGGCAAGCUGGAACGCCUGGGACAACUGGCUCGUCGCAAGACUCUCUUCGACGACAAGCCCGUGGAAAUUGCAGAACUCACUUAUGUCAUCAAGCAAGACCUUGCCGCCUUGAACCAACAGAUCGGCGCUCUUUCUACGAUAAACAAGACGGCGCAUCCGAAGGGCGGCGUGGACCAGGAAGGCCAACACAAUGAGAACGUCGUCGUCAUGCUACAGAGCAAGUUGGCAAAUGUCGGUGGAAACUUCAAGGAGGUCUUGGAAGUGAGGUCCAAGAAUGUACAAGCCAGUCGCUCGCGCCAGGACAACUUCGUCAACACCGUUGGUAGUAAUGCUGGACACCUUGUCGCUCAAGGGCGAAGUGAUAGCCCAUUAUACGCCGCACCAUCCCGAGGACGCUCACCACAACCGCCCAUGCAAAACCAAGGACAAGACCUUCUGACUCUAGAACCGCCAUCGUCAUCCUCAUCAGCACUUACACGAGGCGCGCAAUCAGAGCAACAGAUGCUACUGCUGGAAGAAGGAAACCAGAAUAAUGGAUACAUCCAACAACGUAGUGAAGCUAUAGAAGGCAUCGAACGCACCAUCGCAGAACUCGGUGGCAUCUUUGGACAAUUGGCUCAGAUGGUUAGCGAGCAGAGCGAUAUGAUCCAACGCAUCGACGCCAACACCGAGGACAUUGUCGACAAUGUCGAAGGUGCACAACGCGAACUCAUGAAAUACUGGUCCCGAGUGCAAGGCAACAGAUGGCUAGUCGCCAAGAUGUUUGGUGUACUGAUGAUCUUCUUCUUGUUAUGGGUGCUCAUCGCUGGUUGAUUUUUGAAUUUCUGUUUAUCUGGCAUGGCGUAUGGCGUUUUUACAGUAUCGGGAAGAACAAGGGCAGGACAACUUUACAUGGCGGCAAUGGGAGGUCAUUACAAUCACACGCAGGAGGUCAUCAGGGGUUUUCUUCUUUCUCAACCCUUUGGUUUUCCUCAUACAACCUAGAAUUUGUACUAAUACCUCACACUUUUUCUCAUCCA